AUGCUUUCUCUUGGGGUCAAAAGAGGAGAUGAUGUAGCAUUGCUCCUUACUAACUGUCCACAGUUUGCUUGGAUCUUCUUAGGACUUUCUAAGAUUGGAGCUAUUCCAUCAUUUCAGAACUACAACUUGCAAAGUUUUGGACUUAUCCACUCAAUCCAGACAAUCAACCCCAAACUUUUCAUCAUUGACAGCGAUGCAACGAUUCAAGCUAACAUAGAAAACAUCAAGGACCAGUUAGACAAAAAUUUAGACAUUUAUGUUGCCUGUUCAAGUGUUAACAAUGAAAACGUCCGUAUCAGCCCAUUUUUCAAAUCAUUUGAUAAAAUUCUCAGUACUGCAUCCAUUAAACCCAUUCAUCCUUCUAUGAGAGACUUAAUAAACAAGAUGUCCAUUAGCUGUUAUAUAUACACAUCUGGUACAACAGGUUUACCGAAGGCUUGUAACAUUUAUAAUGUUAAGUUACUUGGCGCAGUUCGAUUAAGUCUUAUUCUUGGAAUAAAUAGUUCCGAUGUAUUAUAUGUCACUUUACCAAUGUACCAUUCAAGUGGGUUGUUCCUGGGUUUGAAUAUUGCUCUCAGCACAGGUGCUACAGUUGUUCUGAAACGAAAGUUUUCUGCUUCAUCUUUCUGGAAAGAUUGUUGCCAGUACCAAGUAACAGUUGCUUCGUAUAUUGGAGAAUUGUGCCGUUACAUCCUAGCUCAACGAUUUUCUGAAUAUGAGUCUUAUCACAAAUUACGUCUUCUCUAUGGAAAUGGUCUCAGCAAAGAUAUUUGGAGAAAGUUCCAGAAACGAUUUCAAAUCCCUAAAAUUGUUGAAUUUUUUGGAGCCACCGAAGGAAGUGCCCUGUUGAUUAAUUUUGAAAACAGAGUUGGCGCAGUUGGCCGCAUCUCCCCACUACUGAACUGGCUGAUUCCAUCAAAAACAAUUCUUGUAAAAUAUGACCCUGAUAGUGUGGAACCCCUGAGAGAUGCAAAAGGACGAUGUAUAUUAGUCAAUCAAGGUGAAACUGUGCCACUUAUAUCUGACAAAAAUCUCUUCCUUCCCCCUUUUUCUUUCCUUUCCUCUUCCUUUUCUUUCCUUCCCCCUUCCUUUUCUUUCUUUCCCCCUUUCUUUCCUUCUCCCUUUCUUUCCUUCUCCCUUUCUUUUCUUUCCUCUUCCUUUUCUUUCCUUCUCCCUUCCUUUUCUUUCCUUCCCCUUUUCUUUCCUUCUCCCUUCCUUUUUUUUUACUUCCCCCUUUUCUUCCUUUUUUUUUGUGAUGGCAAAACAGGCAAAAUCUGGAAAGGGGAAAAUGUUGCCACAGAAGAUGUGGCCAGUGUAUUGAGAGAACUUGACUUUAUUGAAGAAGUCAGUGUUUAUGGUGUUUUGGUGCCAGGUUGUGAAGGCAGAGCUGGAAUGGCAUCGUUAAAAUUAAAAACUGGUGACACUUUACACCACACCCAACUCAAAGACGUUUUUGAAAUUUGUUUUCUCUCUCUCUCUCUCUCUCUCUCUCUCUCUCUCUAUCUCUCUCUUCCAAAUACAUCAUCCAAGAAUGGAGGAGAUCAACUCCUUUUUUACUCUCUUUUCUUUUUGAUUUUCCUUUUUCUUAUCUCUCUCUUCUUUCUAUCUCUCUCCUUCUCAUUCUAUGUCUUUUUUUUUUCUUUCCUCUUCUUGUCUCUGCCUCACACACACACACACACACACACACACACACUCUCUCUCUCUCUCUUUCUCUCUCUCUCUCUCUUUCUCUCUCUCUCGCCUUUAUUUCGUCCAAUUUCAUAG